CUCUCUCUCUGUCGCUGAGGCCGCGGCUUCUUGUGUGCUGCGCUGGGGCCCCACGGCUGCGGCAGGAGGAUAUACUGGAACGGCAGUGAUUGCCCCUCUCCCCACUCCCCCAAUUUUUCCAAAACAGGUGUUACUCUGGUGGCAGGAUUUCCAGGUAACUUUUGUGGACCCAGCAAAGUGACUGUGUUGGUUGUUGAUGAACCAAUAUGCUUGGCAGAAGACCCAGGAAAAGCCCCCAGGUGAAGGGUCAGGCGGCAGCAGCAGCAAAACAGUUGGGGCUCUUUGUAGACUUCAAUCCUGAAGAGAUGAUGCUGGAUCUGGAAGAUGAUGGGGACCUAGAAGCAGAACUGGCUGCUAUCACUGGGGAGAACAUGCCAGCUGGGAAAACAAAACCUAAAGGAAAAGCCCCUCUGCCUAUGGACCAUAUUGAAAAGAUGGCUGCUGAGUGCAUGAAGGACCUGAAUGAGGAAGAUGAUGAAGGUCUGGAGGAAGAUACCGAACUUUUGGCAGAGUUGCAGGAGGUCCUAGGAGAGGAAGAUGGAGGAGAAAGCAGUGAGCGUGAGACAGAAACAAUGGAAGAGUCUCCAGAAGCCACAGAGCAGCAUACACAGAUGACUCCUGCUUCCAGUGGACUGCAGCAAACAAUAGAAGAAAGGAUAACUAACUAUAAGGCAGCGAUAUCAAACGCGAAGGAGGCCGGUGAGGGUGCCAAAGUGCGGCGGUAUGAGCGGGGCCUCAAGACAUUGGAAACCAUGCUGACUGCACUGAAGAAGGGCAAAAAAAUAAACCAGGAAGAAAUGCCGCCACCUGUAGGAUCAGGGAAGAGCUCUUUGACCACACCACAAGCCACGCAUCAUAAUGAUUUGCCUGAGAGUUCAGAUGAUCAUGAUGAAGGAACAGUACCGGAGGAGGAGGAGAAGGGAGGCUGUGCUACAGCCCAUGAAUUAAAGGACCCCAGUGAUCUGGAACAGUCAGUGAGCCUAACUGCUCUCCAGGGCCAGGAUGGAGAUGUAGAUGCUCUGGGAAUAGGUACCACUUCUGAAAACAAUUCCUCAAGUCUUGGCACACGAGCACUGCUUGUGAUGAGAGAGAAGGAGUAUAAGUUAGCAGCACUGAAAGCCAAACAGAGAGGUGAUCUCGAGAAAGCGAAAGAAUAUAUGAGAACUGGUAAGAAAUUUAGCAUGGUUCUAGAAGCACUGGACAGUGGGCAGCCAAUAGACCUCAGGGAUAUGCCUCCACCUCCACCAGAACUCGAAAGCCCAGAAAAGAUGCAGCUUCCUUCAGAACCAACUCCAUCUAUACCUGUGGAAACUUCCCAGCCUGUGACCACACCAGAUCCUCAAGGUUCCCUGCAACAGCCAAAAACAGUGCUAGAAGCUUUGCAGCAGAGGUUGGAGAAAUACAAAGCAGCAGCAGCUCAAGCCAAAGCAAGCGGAGAUGGUCGGAAAAGCAGGAUGCACGAGAGGAUAGCCAAGCAAUACCAGGAUGCCAUAAGAGCCCAUAAAGCAGGCAGGAAAGUGAAUUUUGCUGAACUUCCAGUUCCCCCUGGAUUCCCUCCAAUUCCUGGAAUGGCUCCUGCAGAUGAUGAUGGUACAGUCGCUGCAGUGCUGGAAAGUGCUAAUAGGCUGGUUAAGAUGGAGGAAGAGGAGAAUGAUAAAGAGGAGGAGGAGGAGGAAGAGGGUGAGUCUUCCACACAGGCUCCAGCUGCCAAGAAGCCCACCCAGCUGCCUAAGAAACCAGUGCAAGUUGUACAACCACUAACGGUGCCAUCUGCUAUAAUGCAGGGAGAGACCUCGCCAGAAAAAGAUGAUUCUCUGUCCUCCCCUGUAACAGCACCAGAGAAAUCUGCACCUGUUGAACAACUCUCUCCAGUUGCUACAGAGCAACUUGAAUUUCUGGAGAGUAGAAAGAAACAGUACUUAAAGGCUGCAGUCCAGGCAAAGAAGAAAAAUGAUCUUGAACGAGCAAAGGUGUACUUGAGAACAGCUAAGAGCUUGGACCCAAAGAUUGAGCUGGCAAAAAAUGGCAAGUCAGUCGACAUUUCCAAGCUGCCUUCACCUCCUACAGAUGACGAGGGUGACUUUAUCUUCAUACAUCAUGAGGAUGUCAGACUCUCUCAGAAAGCAGAAGAGGUUUACACACAGCUCAUCAAGCUACUGAGAGACCAGCAUGAGAAAUGUGUGCAAUAUUCCAAGCAGUUCAUGCAUCUGGGAAAUGUAACUGAAACAUCCCGGUUUGAAAAACUGGCUCAGAAUUGUAAAAAAGAUCUGGACAUCUUACAGCUCGCACAGGCCCAGGGGCUGGAUCCCCCAAGCCAUCAUUUUGAAGAGAGAACCUUUAAAAUCGUUAGGAUUUUUUCUGAACUUAAUAGCACUGAAAUGCAUCUCAUCAUUGUCAGAGGAAUCAAUUUACCAGCUCCACCAGGUGUGGCACCAAAUGACUUGGAUGCAUUUGUGAAAUUUGAAUUUCAUUACCCUAAUUCCGAGCAAGCGCAGAAAAGUAAAACAUCAGUGGUUAAAAAUAACAACUGUCCAGAAUAUGAUCAGCUGUUCAAGUUGAAUAUUAACCGAAAUCACAGAGGCUUCCGAAGAGCAAUUCAGGCCAAAGGAAUUAAAUUUGAAAUUUUCCACAAAGGGUCCUUUUUCAGGAGUGACAAGCAAGUGGGAACAGCACACUUGAAGUUGGACAAACUGGAGUCUGAAUGUGAAAUUAGAGAAAUAAUCGAGGUUUUGGAUAGUAGGAAGCCUACUGGAGGGAAACUAGAAGUAAAAGUGAGACUCAGGGAGCCACUUAGUGGGCAAGACCUUCAAACAAUUACAGAAAACUGGCUAAUCCUUGAACAUUAGUUCCGCCUAAGAUCCAGGAAUGCUAAAAGCUGCAGGAUGGACUUUAUAUACAUAGAGCUUCUGCAAGCACCAAAGAUGUUCAAUGAAUGCACUACUGAACAUAACAUCUUUAUUUUCAUAACUAUCAUAUAGUAUGAGUUGGUAAGCUUUGUAAGUCUACUACUAGGAAUGAAAUGAAUGGUACUGAUCCACAAAGACAGGUUGACCUGUCUUAAGCCUUGGUGAGACUAAUGUUGUUGGUACUACAUGAAUGUUACUUAACUGUUAACUGAUUGACUUAUACAGAGGAAGGAUAUGUUGGCAGAGUGGGCAAAAAGUUUUGCCUUACUGCAUAGCAGUAUACUAAGAUGUACUGAAGCAGAGGAAGUUCAUCAUGAAUUUGCAAAUAAGUUUCCCAGCCCCAGAGUAAACUCUAUUCUUACAUACAAAAGGAGUUAGGUUACAUAGCUAUUACUGUUAACCACCUGUAUAUUUCUUUACAUUGCCUGCAAUAUAGAAUUCUUUAAACUACAAGUACAUCUUUCCCAACCUUAUUUAGAAUGAGGCAUGAGUCUUUGAAAGGGGCCUGUACCAUAUGAGAGGGGGCUAACAGCUGCUUUUAAGCCCUUCCCCCCCCCACUCAGCCUUUGUUCUCCUUGUGUUUUGUUUUGUUUUCAACUGAGGCAGAACAAAAGCUGAAUGAUUUAAAGAACCACAGCAUUUUGGUUUUGUUUCAGCAAGUUGAGUCACUUAACAAUUCAACUGGAAAAAAAAACAUGAAACUCUUGCCUGUUUUAAAGAAUAUAAAACACACAAUGCUAGGGGUCUAAAAUUGCCUGCUUCCCCCCCCCCCACCCCAGUUUUCAUAGCUCACAGGAGGCAGUUGCAGAAGAUUUUCACAGUAUGUGUGUGAUUUCAUAAACCUAAGUCUGCCAUGCAGGCAGCAUUUGUUUCUGUCUUAAUCAGAUAGAGACAAUACAGUAUUCAGUUUUUAAUUUUAAUAAAUUUAAUAUACAAAACUACAUGUUGAAA